AGAAGAAAAAAGUGCACAAGGAAGAAAGAGGACAUUUGUCCUAACCAUUGUGAAUUGAUCUUCUUGGACCAAACUCUCAACCGCCUGAACUAUCUUCCCAACCUCAUCUUUCUCUCUUCUUCAAACAAAAAUCUUUGCUUUCUCAAAUUUUCACCAUUUUUCUUUCACGAUUCUUCGCCCUUUCUCUGAAAAAGAGAGAGAAAAUCAUGGUCCAAUUUUGAAGGUGGUAAAACACAGAAAUAAAACAUGGGUUCUGCUUCAAGAGUUGGCAGUAGCAGCUACGAUUACUCCUUCAAGGUUCUUUUGAUCGGAGAUUCCGCUGUUGGCAAGAGUAGUCUUCUCCUCAGCUUCAUCUCCAAUUCUAACAACUCUAUCCAUGAUCUCUCCCCCACCAUUGGUGUGGAUUUCAAGAUAAAGUUUUUCACAGUUGCUGGUAAGAGAUUGAAGCUCACUAUUUGGGACACAGCUGGUCAAGAGAGGUUUGGAACAGUAAUAAGUUCUUAUUACAGAGGUGCACAUGGAAUCAUUCUUGUCUAUGAUGUGACACGACGCGAGACAUUUACAAAUCUCAUCGAUAUAUGGGCAAAAGAAGUUGAGCUUUAUUCUACUAAUCAUGACAGCAUCAAAAUUCUUGUUGGCAAUAAAGUGGAUAAGGAGAGUGAAAGAGCUGUAAGCAAAGAAGAGGGAAUGGCUCUUGCACAGCAACAUAGAUGCUUGUUCCUAGAAUGUAGUGCUAAAACUAGAGAAAAUGUUCAGCAAUGCUUUAAUGAUCUCUCAUUGAAGAUAUUAGAUGUGCCAGGUUUAAGGGAAAAAGGGUCUCUUGCAGUGAGAAGGCAAAAUCAAAAACACCUGUAUGAGACAUCUCAAAGAGGUGGAUGCUGUUCUUAGUAAAUAUGCAGCACCAUGAAUGUUUGAUAGAUUUUUCAAUAGGGAUACUAUAGUUACUAGCAGGUUUUUUGUAUCAUAUCAAUUGUCACAUUCAGAUAGUUUGGAUGAUCACAUGCUCCAUUUUAUUUCUUUCAUAACUUUCACAAGAGGAUGCUUGAGAUGGAUAUUGCCUUCUCAUUAUGUUUUGGCCUCUGUAGAACAAAUUAUAUGGUAGCCAAGAUGAUCACUGAGCUUUUCAAUAUAUUGUGUCUUUUUUCUUA